UCCAGUUGGUACUGAACGCAGGCGUUUAUUGAAUGAAUACUACUAGUAGUAAACAAAAGGAGGCAGGAGUACAGUUUGUUCUUCUUGACUUUUCAUUUUUAAAAUUUCUUAUUACAGUAUGUCCGAGUCGUUGCAGGCACGUGUUGCAUACAUGCUGAUUCCUUUGAAGUUUGAUCCGAUCCAAUAGAGUGUUGAUUUCAUCAUUUCCCAAGUGGAUUGAGUAGAAACUAAUAACUGUCUUCAUCUCACUCCCAGUCCCAUUCCCUCGUCAUUUCAUAUUGGCCCAUUUCACUGUCAGCAACAAAUGCGCGUGCGAAGCGUGGUGAUCUCGUUGCCUCCACUAACAGUAUAAUGACACAGUAGCGCUUUCAGUUCUUAUCAUUCCUUUCCCCACUUUCUCUCUCUUCGUCGUUUACUUCUCUCUCUAAGAUGGAACCUCUGCUCAGAGGCGAAAGCAGUGGCCGGAGACUCGGGCCGCGGCAGCGAGGAGGAGUGUUCGGUCGCGCCGAUGCUAUCGCCUACGGCUCCAACUACGAGAAAGCCGCCGCGCUCAUCGAUCUGGCUGAAGAUGGGGUUGGUAUACCUGAGAAAAUUCUUGAUUCAUCAAGCUUUCAAAGUUCUGCAAGAUUUUAUUUUAAAUUCACAAAAUGCGAUCUCAUCUGGUCUCUUAGUUACUUUGCUUUGAUAGUCCUGAAUUUCCUGGAGAAACCUCUAUGGUGCCAGAAUAGUGCACAUUCUUGCAAAGAUAGAGAGUAUUUCUUCUUGGGACAGUUGCCAUAUCUAACUCCUGCAGAAUGUCUUAUUUAUGAGGGAAUUACUCUUGUUUUGCUAAUCAUUCAUACUUUCUUCCCAUUAUCAUAUGAAGGGUCCCGUUUAUACUGGACAAAUGCUAUUAACCUAUUGAAGGCCUUCUGUCUAUUAGCUCUCGUAGCCGACAUGUUGGUUUAUGCUCUUUAUAUGUCUCCACUGGCUUUUGGUUUUUUACCUUUCAGAAUUGCACCUUAUAUCAGGGUUGUUCUUUUUGUUCUGAAUAUUAGGGAGCUACGAGAUACCAUCAUUGUCUUGGUUGGAAUGCUUGAUACAUACUUCAAUAUCUUGGCUUUGUGGUUCCUGUUUCUCGUUUUCUCAAGUUGGGUGGCAUAUGUGAUUUUUGAAGAUACAAUACAAGGGAAUACAGUAUUCACUUCCUAUGUUACUACGUUAUAUCAGAUGUUUCUUUUAUUUGCCACAGCCAAUAAUCCAGAUGUUUGGGUUCCUGCAUACAAGUCUUCGCGUUGGUCUAUCCUGUUUUUCAUUCUCUUUGUGCUGGUGGGAGUUUACUUUGUUACAAACUUGAUCCUUGCCGUUGUUUAUGACAGUUUCAGGGGUGAGCUUGUAAAACAAGUUUCUGAGAUGGACCGAAGGAGAAGAGCAAUGCUGGGAAAAGCUUUUGAUCUCUUAGACACACAUAAUGCUGGACUUCUUAACAAAGAUCAAUGCAUUAGGCUCUUUGAGGAGCUUAACAAGUACAGGACUUUGCCAAAUAUCUCUAGGGAAGAGUUUGAGUUGAUAUUUGAUGAGCUGGAUGAUAGUCAUGAUGUAAAGAUCAACAAGGACGAAUUUGCUGAUAUUUGCAAUGCUAUUUCUUUAAAAUUCCAGAAGGAGAAUGUUCUUUCUUAUUUUGAGUAUUUAACAUUCUACCAUUCACCCACCUCAAAGAGUUUGAAAGCCUUUGUGAAGAGCCCCACAUUUGGAUACCUAGUGUCCUUCAUUCUCAUACUGAAUCUGGUUGCUGUAAUUAUUGAGACAACGCUUGAUAUACAAGAAAGUUCUGCUCAAAAGGUGUGGCAAGUUGUUGAAUUCGUUUUUGGGUGGAUAUACGUAAUAGAAAUGGCUCUAAAGGUUUAUUCAUUUGGAUUUGAGAACUAUUGGCGAGAUGGUCAAAAUCGCUUUGACUUUAUUAUCACGUUGAUAAUUGUCAUUGGAGAAACUAUAACUUUUGUUUUACCUGAUGAUGGUGUGCCUUUUAUCACAAAUGGAGAAUGGAUUCGUUACCUUCUUCUUGCUAGAAUGUUGAGAUUGAUAAGGCUCCUAAUGCAUGUCAAGCGAUACAGAGGCUUUGUGGCAACUUUCUUAACUCUUAUACCAAGUUUGAUGCCAUACUUAGGGAUCAUAUUUUGUGUGUUGUGUAUUUAUUGCUCACUUGGUGUACAGAUUUUUGGGGGAAUCGUUAAUGCUGGAAACCCUGAUCUGGAAACCACAGACCUUGCUGCUAAUGACUAUUUGCUUUUUAAUUUUAAUGACUAUCCAAAUGGGAUGGUGACCCUGUUCAAUUUGUUGGUCUCAGAGGUUUGGUUAGAAUUGAUGGAGAGCUACACGGAAUUAACUGGGACUUCUUGGACCUAUCUGUACUUCAUUAGCUUCUACUUGAUUACUGUGUUGCUGCUUUUGAAUUUGAUUAUUGCUUUUGUCUUGGAGGCGUUCUUCGCUGAAAUUGAACUUGAGUCAUCAGAAACUUGUGAUGGAAAUGAGAAGGAGCUUGAGGGAGAUCAAUAUCGAAGGCGACGAUCUGUUGGCACAAAAACACGAAGCCAAAGGGUUGAUGCUCUUCUGCAUCAUAUGUUGAGUUCUGAGUUGUGUCAAGAUCAGCCUUCCAAUGCAUAAACCUGAUAAAAUCCUUUCGCAGGAUGCACAAAGGAGCCUACUUUAUUCAUUGAAGCUUAUACCAGAUUACUGUGCUAUAUAUCCCCGUCUUCUUGUGCUAUUUGACAGACUCUGAUAUGGAACGAGGGAAACAAAUGCAAAUAUCUCCAGUUAUCUGGAGGUUACGUGAAAUGUGAUUUUUCCUUGUUUGUGGGAAAAGCACGUGAUCAAAAUGCUUUGAUGAAAAUGUGCUGAAUGAGAUUAAAAAUCAUAAAGUAGUAGGAUGUUAUGUUCCACCCGGUUAGGAUGUAGGUUCAUUCUUAUUAGUUUGUGUGUUGUAAGGGCAACCUUUUAUAAUUUUUUAUUUGUCAUUUCCUAGCUGGAUUUUAUUUUUGUAUAUUUACUACCAAUACAAUUUUGUGGGAGUGCAAACUAUCAGUAGUUUUAUUUUGUUCCA